AUGCAGAACCGCGUCGUCACUCGCCGUACCCAGUUUUCGAGUUGUGACGAGUGCCGCAGGUCACGCGUCGCAUGCGAUUCGCAGAGCCGUCGCAGUGCUGCGGGUAAAGCUUCAGCUCCCUGUACGCGCUGUCGAAAUCGAGAUAGAGACUGCACGUUCAAAUGGAUCCAAGAUGCUAGAGCAGGACCAUCUACAAGGCAUGCAGCUACUCCGCCAAAAGCGUCUGGACGACAUAAGCGAGACGCUCGUCUUCUCCUUGACCAAAUAUUAGUUGAAGAGUCAGCUACUGCACCUACGCCGGAGACAUCUCCUAUCCACAGCUACGGAUCUACGCAAAACUCACGACACGAAUCUUUGGAGGAGGCACUGCCGGAGCAGGUAUCUGCAUCUCCAGACUCAGAGACGCAUCCACUGAGAAACUCUCGCUCUGAAUUGGAAUGGCUUCAGACUCUAUAUAGACAAAACUUUGAAGUCGUGUUUGGGUCUUGGAUGGGCCGCUAUAGCUGUCCUUACUUAUUUGGACAAAAUGACCUCGCCGAGAGAUACAUGGCUGAGACGUCCAAGGGAAACCAAGGUUCAUCCCAUGAACAGUCGACCCAGCAGGACAAGAAAAGAGACGACUUAAUUGGACAAUCCUUGCGCAAUACGAUUGCCGCGUUUGCCGUAAGAUGGCUACCAAUCACCUCAUCAGAUGGCCUCGAUAACUCGCACCGAAUCCAGACCAUGUGGCGACAGGCUCGAAGAGACAUGCUGAGAAUCAUCAACCGUCCCUCGUAUCGAUCGAUGCUGUCCCUCUUUCUCUUUGCCUUGACUCCAAUACCGAUGGGCAUCUCCGAAGACGAAGAGGCAGACGGUGUCUCUGGCCAGGUUUGCAUCCAUGCAGCUAUGCAAAUGGUCCAGACCCUACGAGCUCGCCACAGAAAUCUGCAAUUCAGCGGAUCAAAAGUGACACCGUCAUCGAGCUCAAUUCCGAUGAGUACUACUCCAGAAUCGGCCGACACUUCGAGUUUUAUCAAUGCGGAAAACAUUGCCUACUGGGCAGCAAUCACAUUCGACACAUCGGCAUCUCUGACGCUCAAUUGCAGGCCGCUCCUUUCGUCGGGGCUCUUUGGCUUUGAGUCUGAGUUUACAUGGAAAUUAGUGCGGACUUGCUUAAAUGUGUUUAAUGAGUCGUCAAAGAGUUGGUGCCAGGGAAGUGCUGAGAUGACGGAUGAAAGGGCCAACGAGAUUAUUGCGGCCGCUGCUUGUUGGAAGUUGAUGGGAUGGAAACUGGCUGCUAAUUUCAAGGAAGCUCUUCGGGAUGGUCACGACGAGUCUGAGGUUCGAAAGGCUCUCUCGUAUGUGAGCAAUUCCUGGAAAGAGUUCGAUGCCACUUUUCGACCUUUUCUCGAUGAAUGCUACAAGCGGAUGCAGUUUCUUGCCCAGCAAACGAAGCUUCGUUGGUUCUCUCUCAUGCUUCAUUCCCAUUUGAGCAUCUUAAUGGUGCUCGAUACGAUCGAAGUCGCAGAUCGGUACGACUUGCUCGCCGAUCUCAAAGAUGCCAGCAUUGAAGCAGAGAACACUGUCAUGAAUGCACUGGCAUUUGGUCUCCAUAAUACUAUGACCUUGAGGCGAUCCAUCGAUUCCCCUUCACCUGGCCUAUCUCAUGAGAGAACGGCACGCAAUAUAACAUUUACGGUUCCGCUUCUCGCCAUUGAUCCUUAUCCGCAUCAUAUAGUUGCGUCGGUGCAACUCAUGCGGAAAGCCAUUGAUCGGGACUAUAAGAAUAAAAAGGUUACCCAAGACUUAUAUGAUAGCUUAAACUCAACUUUGGAAUCUGCGUUGAAACACCUUCCCCAGAGCUCAAAGUCAAUCCAAGCAGCUCGGCAAAAGUUUUCGGCAGCGCCUGAUGAUGAGAUACUAGAUACCCAAAUUGCGUAUAGGGAGUUACCGGCGCUUUUGCACGGCUAA